UAACAACUGGCCCUGGUUUUGCUCUGAACCAUGCUUGCAAGUCGCAACAACCCCCUGCUGUAUCCAUGGCAUGAGCAAAAGAAGCGGACGCACUAACAUACCCAUUUGAGAUCACCCGUCUCUCUCACAAGUUCCAAGUAAUUCCCAAUUCCAUUUUGCAAUCUGCUCGGGCCAUUUUCCCGGAGUUCUCCCCGUAUUGGCCACCGGCACCCAGGAGAGAAGGCAUGCAAGGUCCCGGUUCGCAUCCUCACCAACCGAUCCAGGCUUUCUACCCCGGUGGAUACCCUCCUCCGGCGGGAUGGCCCGGUUACCCUGUCCCACCAAGCGCAUUUGCCGCAGCUCCGCAGUAUCCGCCUCCUGGCGGGCAUCCUCAACAUGGAGGGUACCCGCCGACGCAAGGUGGAUACCCUCCGGCGGGGUAUCCCCAACAGCCUGGAUACCCACAAGCUGGCUACGCCGUCCAUGGUUCAUCUAAGAAAGCUCCAAAACAAGGUAAGAGUGGUGGCUCUGGUUUUGGCUCAAUUCUCGCCGGCGGCGCUGUUGUGGCGGGUGCAUUGCUUGGAGCCGCGCUGUCCGAGGGCAAAUUCAAGGCCGGCAAGUACGACAAGAAGAAGAAGUCCGGCAAGUUCAAGUGGUAGUAAACGAACAAAAACAUGAGGCUACAAUCGUCGCUUUUGAAUGGUGGCAAUUCUCUGUUUUUUGUGCGCGUGAUGGCAAUUCCCUGUUUUUCGUACGCUGGAAGUUCAAAGUUCUUCUUGAAAGAUUGUUGGACUAGU